GGCCUAGAAAAGCACUCCGACCUAUUGACAUGAAUCACUACGCCACUAAGAAGAGUGCGGCUCAGAGCAUGUUGGACGUGGCCUUGCUCAUGGCCAACUCGUCUCAGCUGAAGACCGUCCUUUAUGUGGGUCCGCAGUAUCGUUUCUACGUCCCCCUCAUCGUGCUGCUGUCCCUGUCCAUCGCGUUACAGGUCAUAGUGGGGCUGCUGCUCGUCUUCAUUGUGAAGUGCGAUCUCAACGAUGUGAGGAAACACGCCAAACUGAACAGAAUGAAUAAUGUAGCAACAGUCUUUGUCUUCUUCACAGUUCUCAUCAACAUCUUCAUCACAGCGCUGGGAUUUCAGGGUCAUACUAUCAGCUCACCAGCCUCACCUGUUCCAUCAGUACCAGAGCGUCCCCUCUGCCCACUGACCUGAACAGGACUGGUGCCAUUUAGACCAGACUUUGGA